UAUAAACCUGGAAUAGAUGCAACUGAAGAAAAACUAUAUUUGACGAGCAGGCCGAUUAUUCUAUUAGCUGAGGAUAUUUUAAGACAUGUUUCUUAACGCUGAAUUCGAUUCAAUGUCUCGCUGCAGCACAGAAUCUCCUGUCGGGGACACCCUGAUGUACUAUCAGAAGACGCAAGAUGACUCUUUCUCCACGUCCUCAGCUUCGCCGUCAGAGAGCAGUGCACAGGAGCUCUGCCCAGACAUGGAUAUACCAGCCACUUCAUUUGUUCCAACAGUGACUGCAAUUUCCACUACCCCAGAUUUGCAGUGGAUGGUCCAGCCGACUAUUAUAACAUCUGUCUCCCCAUCUCUGGGUAGCAAGCAAGCCAAUGAAGUGCAGAGCUCUCACCAGGCAACACCCAAAGUGGGCGGGAGCAGGGGAAAAAACACUGGCAGAAAGGGGAAAAUCGAACAGCUCUCUCCAGAGGAAGAAGAGAAGAAGAGGGUGAGGAGAGAGAGGAAUAAAAUGGCUGCAGCCAAGUGUCGCAACAGACGGAGGGAACUCACUGAUACACUGCAAGCUGAGACUGAUCAGCUGGAGGAAGACAAAACAGCUCUGCAGAUUGAGAUAGCCAAUCUCCUCAAAGAGAAAGAGAGGCUCGAAAUUGUCCUCGCUACUCAUAACCCUGUGUGCCAAAUUGCAGAAGACCUGGACUCCAUCUUCUUGGAGCCCAGUGGGUCUCCCGAGCUACCCCCCAGCCCAGAGGGGAGUAAGCUCCAUGAGGACAGUGCCCAGGAAGCCCCCUCGCUCCAGGACAUGGACAUUCCCAGUGACCCAUCCACAGCCAUCUCUGGGAACUCCAACAUCCUACUCUGUGCCAGUGCUGAAGUAAACAUCUGCGACCUUGAGCCCUCUUUGGACAUGAAGGAGGGGCUCCUGGACAAUCUGCUGCCCAGCAUGGAGGAGAAAGUCCCUACAGAGACUGCCCGCUCUGUACCAGACAUUGACCUGAGCGGUUCCCUUGGGGUUACGGACUGGGAAACCCUGUACAAAUCUGUGUCUAACGACCUAGAGCCUCUGAGCACUCCUGUUGUGACCUCGACCCCCACCUGUAGCAGCUACUUGACCAUUUUCACAUUCUCCUGUCCCGAGCUCGACUCCUUUGGAGAGGGGUUUGACGGUCGCAAAAGUGGAGUGGGCAAGGCUGAAUCUGUUGAUAUCCUCAAGUCUCCAACCCUGUUGGCCUUAUAAUGUAAGCAGAGGGAGUUGAUUGGUGGAUCACUGCAGCUGGUAUCCCCAGUUGUAAUAAGAUAUCAGAGACUUGCUGUGGUGUCAGCACAUCAGUUUGAGGAUUAUAUCAAUGAAAUGUGUUACUUGACUAAGCAAGUAUAAACUUCUUCCAGAUACAAUUGAUGUAGCUAAAAGCACGGCUAUACAUUUUACAGAUGGGGAUAAAGUAUGUUCUGGUUUUAACGCAUGCCGAGGAAUUCCAAAUAAUGUUCAUAUAUGUUUGAUCUGGUAAACUGUAUUGUGGAAUUGACUGUAUGGUUUUGUGCUUCAAUGGGAAUAGUAUAUCAAUAGCAAUUAAUGUUGUGUUAAAGUAAACAUCCAUGUUCAGUACUCACAUAGAUACCUCAAUGUCAUCCACUGUGAUUUGACCUCAUUGUUACAAUGUUUAGAGUUUUCCAUGAAAACAUCCAGUGCUAUAUCUAUCAAGAUGUAAUUUAUGAUGAUUUAUUUUUUUACCUCAGAUUUGGACUUGUUUGUCAAAUAAAAAAAGUUAAUGAGCAUUGAUUGCUUAUUGAUAAAUAUUCACAUUAAAUAUUCAUUCAAAGUGAUGUUGGGUG